CUGGGAUUGACAUGAGAAUAACUUGACAUACGGCCGAUUGAUUCUCCCCCUUUGCAGAUACCAUCGUCUGUGCAUUAUUUACUUUGUUUCUUCGGACCUGUCCACAUCUCCAACAAGCCACAUUGAGAAAUCAGGCUGCAGCUUCCGGGGGCGUACCGAGUUACCAUACAUAACUAUUGCUCCGUGACAACGUCGGUUCGACUUUACAGCUGCGCUGUUGGCAUUGAUUAUUUGAGUCUCAUGCCAGGGCGGUCAGAGGAAAGACAAUGUUUUCCUCGCUCAAGUCCCUGAGUUCGAACAUAUCAACGAACUAUCAAAUUGCCCCCCACUCGACGGUGAUCUCUGGCCCAUGGCGUAUCCAUGAUGGAAAGAAGAAAUCUACGGGGACCGCGGCGUCCAUCUUCAUCUUUGACAGAAAGCUUCUCGAGCCUCGAUCUAGUGGCCUUGGUGGUCGUUCCAGCUCGUCCACGAAAAAGGCCCAGGAGGAUGUCGUCGAACGACUGAAGCGGGAAGCCAGCAAUCUCGCCCGUCUUCGACAUCCGUCUAUUCUCCAGGUUCUGGAGCCAAUAGAAGAAACGCGCAAUGGCGGUCUUAUGUUCGCCACGGAGCAACUCACCACUUCGUUGGCUGGGCUUCUAAAGGAGAAAGAUGCCCAGGAAGGCUCGUCGAGACAUGGUGCGCGGUCCAGUCGCUUUACGGUGGAGGAGACGGAUGGAGGCCAAGGCCGGAGAGAUCUCGAUAUCGAUGAGCUAGAGAUCCAAAAAGGGCUGUUGCAGGUUGCCAAAGGUCUCGAGUUCCUCCACGGAUCGGCUGGUCUCGUCCAUGGCAACUUGAACCCGGAAGCCAUCUACAUCAAUUCCAAAUCAGACUGGAAAAUCUCCGGCCUUGGCUUUGCUGGGCCUUCCGAUCCCAACGAGACGCGAACCUCGCUACCGCCGCUGGCUCUGUCAGAAGUGCUUCACCAGGAUCCACGACUUCCUCCUUCUGUUCAGCUGAAUCUGGACUUCACUUCCCCAGACUUUGCGCUGGACUCUAAUGUCUCCCCGUCUGCGGACUUGUUCUCUCUUGGGCUUGUCAUCGUGGCCUUGUAUAACUCGCCUCACGCUUCUCCGUUGCAGACACAUUCCAGCGUCAACUCUUACAAGAAAUUGCUUAGCUCGCCGUCCACGACGCCUUCCCAGGGAAAUAACUUUCUCUGUUCAGGCUCCAUCCCCAACGAUCUCCUUACCCAUGUCUUGCCCAGGCUGAUCACGAGGCGGCCGGCCCAGCGGUUAGACGCCCGAGAGUUCCAGCAGUCUCCAUAUUUCGAUAAUAUACUGGUCUCCACACUGCGUUUCUUGGAAUCACUACCGGCCAAAACUCCGAGUGAAAAGUCGCAGUUCAUGCGGGGCCUCCAGCGGGUACUCCCAGAGUUUCCCGUAUCUGUACUGGACAGAAAAUUACUAGGUGUACUCCUAGAAGAGAUGAAAGACAGGGAGCUCCUGUCACUCAUUCUGCAAAACGUCUUUGCCAUUUUGCAGCGCAUCCCGAAUGCCCGCCGCACAUUCCCCGAGAGGGUAAUUCCCCGACUCAAAGAAGUGUUCCCAACGGGCAAAGGGGCGGUCCAGGAUCGUGACUCUAAGCGAGAAGCGGGUCUCAUGGUUGUCCUCGAGAAUAUGAAUAUUGUGGCGGAAAAUUGCCCGGGCAAAGAAUUCAAAGAUGAUAUUCUUCCUUUGAUUCGACUGGCUAUGGACUCUCCUACUCAUUCUCUAGCUGAUGCUGCCAUCAAGUGCUUGCCCAUCUUUCUACCCACUCUCGACUUCAGUACCGUGAAGACCGAAGUUUUCCCUCCAAUUGCCGCGACAUUUAGCAAGACAAACAGCCUAGGCAUCAAAGUCAGCUGUUUGGAGGCAUUUACUGUUCUCUGCGGGGGCUCUAAGGACGGUGAGGACGUGGCUGAAGAUGACUUGACCGGUAUAAUUCCAAAAGGCAAACCGCAGCCAACUAGAUCAUCCAUCUUGGACAAGUAUACAAUCCAAGAGAAGCUUGUUCCGUCCUUGAAGGCCAUCAAGACGAAAGAGCCCGCUGUUAUGAUGGCCGCGUUGGGCGUGUUCCAACAGGUUGGCAAGGUUGCCGACACGGAUUUUAUCGCCUUGGAAAUUCUUCCAGUCAUCUGGAGUUUUAGCCUUGGCCCCCUUCUUAAUCUCCGCCAGUUUGAACAAUUUAUGGCCUUGAUCAAGAAUCUCUCUUCCAAGAUCGAACGCGAGCAUACCAAAAAACUCAAGGAACUGUCCUCAGGGGGGGAUUCUGGUGGGUUCCAAAAUGGCACCGGAAGCUCUUCUAAAACCCCCGAUGCCUUCAUGGCGAUGGAUACAGAUCCGACAAGGAACAACUUUGAGCGCCUGGUCCUCGGCCGCGGAUCCACAGCUUCAAAGGGCCAGGAUCUCGACAACUGGGGUAGCCUGAUGGCCGAAGCACCAGCCGCCCAACCUUCUACCUCGCGGCCUUCAUCCACGGCAUUAUCAUGGUCGUCCCAACCCGCUCGUCCCAAUGCCAUGGGAAGCGCAUUGUCCAGCCAACCGAACCCGAGCAUGCGUUCCAUCACUCCGGACUUCAAUAUGGGCUCUUUCCCAUCCCUGCAGCCCGCUGCGGCGCAGAAAUCCCCGGCGACAUCGGCUUUCCCACCAUUGCAACCCUCUCCGUCUCCCAGCUGGAGCGCUAUGAAUUCCCCCAACAACCAGUAUACAUCCCCAGCGAGUAACCUGCCUAGCCCUGGGUUGGGAUCGAUGGCCAGCAUGAAGCCGUCCAACUCUUCUUUUGCUGGAAACCUUUCGCGGCCGACUACCAAUUUCUCUGCCUUUUCCAUUCCCCCGCCUCCAUCUACUCAGGGUUCGAUGGGGUCAUUCUCUGGAAGUAGCGGCCUCUCCAAUGCUCCAAUGGUCCCACCACCGCCUCCAUCUACCCAGGGCUCGAUGGGGUCAUUCGCAGGGACUGGCGGUCUCUCCAAUGCACCAAUGGCCUCACCAGGCAGGACCAACCCUUCCAGUCCGUUUCAAGGCAAUACUAAUAACUCGUCACAACCGCAAGGGGGUGCGAAAAAAGGCCUCGACAAAUAUGAGAGCCUAAUAUGAGCAACGUGAAGUGCACCUCCACUAUCACACCCCUCGCUCUGCUUUCUUCUUACAAUAAUUUUUCUUUGUGUUUUCCUCGUUCGCAUUUAGCCAGAAACUCUUGGGUCGUCUCUAUCUACCAUGUAGAUUUUGUUUCAUAUAUGGACAUUCAAGCAUUAUUCCCCGAUAGUUUUGGGCGAGAAUCAACAAAAGGAUGGCAAAAUCCCCCUGAUAUUGGAC